CGCCAAAAAAAUAUUCUCACUCUUCCUUUAUUACUGUCCCUUGUUUACUGCCUUCAUUCCAGUUUGUGGAGACAGAGGGAAAGAGAGAGAGGUUGAGAUGAAGGGCACUUCCAAGGUAAUAAUGGGAGCAACUCUGGCAAUGGUGGUGAGCCUUGCCAUUGUUUUGGGUCUAAUCCUAGUGUUAUUAGUUGAGCUCUACUGCUCCCUCUUACUCCGUCGGCGUCAGCUGAGAAACACCACUUCAAAUACCACCACAACCAUCAAUAGUAUUCCUUCUCAGCCUCUUCAAACCCAAGACCGUUCAGCCAGUACUCUCGGUAGCUUCUAUUCUCAGGGAGUUCUUGAUGCUCCAAGAAGCUUCCUCUUCCCUGCAGUUUCUUCCAAAGAAAACAAGAUAGAAAACAAAGGCCGAAGCUUUCAACUUCAUAGUGUGCUUGAUAUCCGUACUCUUGAAUCAAACACAAGUCCACAUCACGUAGGCAUAUUAUCUCCAUCGUCUCCACCAACUUCCUUCAUCACUUCACCUCAACCAAUUCAAGAAACCCCACUUCAAGUUGGUACAAAUAGUAGUUGCCAUGCCCAUGAAGAAGCUAAUUAUGGUGGUGAUGGAGGGGAGGAUUUUGUGUACAUUUCCAAUCCCAUCUAUGACAAUGAUGCUAGCAGGUUGAGCAGGGCGGAUACUCCAUUUGAGACUCCAGAUACUUCGCCUUCGCGUUUAGAAACAGGUGGCUCUUCCGGGGAAGAUGAGAUAGCUCAGCCAUCUCCAUCUAGUCAACAUUCACUGCCAAUUACACCUCCAUUGACUCCAAUGAAGAAACUUCCAGCAGAAGCUUGUUCAGUUUCUUUGCGGGAUGCCAGGUCAUUAGGAACUUCACGUAGUGAUUCUGUCAGUAACAAUGGACUUUCAUCUUCCUCAUCUGGAUCUCCAAGCACAUCUCCUUCAUGGUGAUUGUCUUGAAAACCAAGUUCUGUACUUGUGGGUUUUAUCAUGUUAAAUUUCUUUAUUUCUGGGUGAGGUUUUGUGAAUACCGUGAGUAGCACAACUUUUCUUUUUUCCAGGCGUGACCAUGGCGCUUUCACCCAGGCCACGUCUAUGCCAACUGAAAUUCUUGACUUUGCAGAGUUACCCUUUUGUUUUUAUUUGGUUGUAUGGGUGUUUUUGGAAAGUAAUUGUCACUUUCUAUCUAGCAAUAGAAACGAGCUCCGU